AUGCUUAUAUCCAGUGCCAUAACUCGACGAGAUCUAAACUUUUCCAAAAUGUGCUUUUUGAUAAAGUGCCUCAAAAGAUUAAAAAGUUCACAACAAUGGUUAAGUCGACAAAGAGCGGACCCAUACGUAGAAAAGGCUAAGAUAAACAACUACAGAUGUCGGAGUGCCUUUAAAUUAUUAGAGAUGAACGAGAAAACUAAUAUUUUACAUCCUGGUCUCACUGUUGUUGAUUUGGGAGCUUCACCUGGCUCAUGGACUCAAGUGGCAGUACAAAAAACUAAUGCUGAUGGUGCUGAUUCAACAAAACCAAAGGGCACUGUGUUAUCAAUUGACAAGCUGCAAAUAUUUCCUAUACCGGGUGCAACUAUAUUAAGUAAUAUGGAUUUCUCCACAAUAGAAGCUCAUGAUAAAGUGGUAAAUAUGUUAGAUGGAAAGCCAGUGGAUUUAGUACUUUCAGACAUGGCCCCUAGUGCCACAGGUAUACGAGAAUUAGACAAAGAUAGAAUUUUAGGUCUGUGUUAUAUGGCAAUAAGAUUUGCUGCUCUUGUUACAAAAAUUGAUGGAAAUCUCCUUUUCAAAGUAUGGGACGGAAAAGAAGUGCCCAUUCUAGAAAUGGAUUUAGAAAGAUUUUACAAGAACAUAAAGAUUUUAAAACCAAAAGCAAGCCGCUCAGAUUCUUCAGAAAAGUUUAUUUUAGCUAGAGGUUUUAAGGGAAUUCAAAGGCCAUUACAGAAUGGUCGUUGGGGUUGA